AUGAACAUACCCGGCGUGACGACUGCGCCCAGAGAGGGAUCGGACAAAGAGAACGACACGAUGAGCUCCUUCAACACAAUAGACAGCUGUGCACCACAGCGGAGAGCAAGGAAAAAGAGGAAAACAGCGCUCGUGGAGCCUAUGGGGAAGCGGAGGAGAGGUGUAAUGGACUCGAUUCAGUACCUGUCGCAGGACAAAGAGGCAGAGGGGAACUCGCCAUGCGCAUCCACUGUGAACUCAACUAUCAAUUCGUCGUAUAGGCUUCCGUCGCCAUUGCCCGAAGUCGAGGAGACUCUGAAGGAGGAAAUAGACGAUUGUGGGCAGGGAACAGAAGAAGGUGAUGGGCGACUGGAACGGCUGCAGGAGCUUGAUGAAGAGCUGCAGGAGGAACUGUAUCUCCGCCCCGAUACACUCAUAGCAGACUACCGCAUCCUCCGCAUCCUCGGCCAUGGGAACUUCAGCACUACCUACCUCGCAGAGAUCACUCCAACUGAGCCCGAACCACCAGAUAACCCCCGACCACUCGUCGCCAUAAAGCGCAUGAAGCAGACUCUAAGCUCCAUAGGCGAGAACGAAUACUCGUUACUAGAGUUCCUGCAUAGCAAUGGAGAAUCACCGCGGCAUGUGAUAUCUCCAAUUACUUCCUUUUUUGACGAAUCACAUCAUUUCCACUUAGUGAUCGAACCUCUUGACUCCGGGCGGCCUGUAGCGUUGCCGCUAUGUGGAUGCGGGCAUCCGCAAUUGGCAUGUCCGGGGCGUCACUUGGUGCUUGCAAAAAUAAUGUUACAGCUACUAUCAGGCCUGUUAUCGCUACACACACACAACCUAAUACAUGCAGAUCUGACACCUGCGAAUAUAUUGUUCUUGCCGGAAUCGAAUCGGAUAAAGCUCAUUGAUCUGGGUAAUACAAUCAGACCGGAAGAUCGAGCGGCAUAUCUCGAUGAUUUUGGGGUACAGAGCGCAUGCUAUCGGGCACCGGAAAUACUACUGGGUGCCGGGCCAUUGAGUAGGGUUAUGGAUGUAUGGAGCGCUGGGGUCAUUGCAGUGGAGAUGCUGCUUGACGGAAUUGUAGUCGGGAAUGGGAUAGAGGGCGGAGAGCUUUUAAGAGGGGUAAUAGAAGGGAGGGGGAGUAUGGUGGAGAGAGUGGUAGAGCUGGUCGGGAGUGUGAGGGAGUAUCAGCAUGGAAUGUACUGGCAGGAUAUAUAUAGCGAUAUUUCGCUACAUCCUGCCAAGAAGAAGCGUGGGCCGGGGAACCGUAAAAGGAGACCCGAGGAAAAGACCGGAAUGUUGAAACAGUUUCUAGAGACCGAGACUGAAGAUUCUGGGUUGGUAAAGUUCCUGAUGGCAAUGAUGGAAGUAGGGGUUAGUCGACGAGGCACGGUAAUGUCCAUGCUAAGACACCCGUGGCUUAUCAGGACGCUACUAGGCGAUUGGGAGCGUGUAUUGACAGGAGAAAUGGAGGAGGUAGAGAGUAUACAAGACCAGUCCGAGGUUGUGGCCCUCCAGGAAGAACAAGGGGAGGAAGAAGACACAGAAGAAGACCUCCCUCUACCCGGCCAGAUGAACAUGGACGGGCGACUGAAAGAGUAUGUAGGCGAUUUCUUUGCUAUAGGCAGCCAGACAGGUAGAGAACCUUUAGACGCAACGGAACAGUCGACAGAUGUGUUGGAAGAAAACUUGGAGCAUCCAUUGUCUUCACCAUCUGUGGAGCGUUCUAUCACACCUUUCUACUCUUCGCCGCCGAUGCAGGCUUUACCAGUGACUCCUCCUCCUCCGUCUUUGUCGCAGUCUGUACAGGACCUAUCUUUCAAAUCCUCUCCACCAUUACAGGCCCUGCCAGUCACCCCCCCUUCUCGGCCCUUACCAGCCUCUCCACCUCCCCCACCUUUACCAGAUGCCAUACGGAAUACACCUCUAGACCGGUUCUCGCCUUUACCAGCGGCCAUAGUUUCAAACAUGUCUCCCUACAACCAGCCAUGGCAGCCUGAACACACGGAAAUCACCCCCCCAAUACAGAACAUUAAAAUCGAGAUUUUUUCUAGUUCUGUUGCUUCUGCUACAUUUCAGCUUGAAAACGAAACCGAGAAUUACAAACGGGAAGUGGAUACAUACAAUUCAGCACCAGAGACAUCAUUACUCACGGGCGAUGAUUCAACGACUAGAAUAUUUGCACAGGAGAAUUUGCUAUCUUCGCCGCCAAGCUCACCAGUUGUUCCAUUAGCGGCUAUUAGCAAGGGUGAUUAUAGGAGUUCAGAGUCAAAAAGUCCCUCGCCUGUUGCAACGGUUGGGAAUCCCGGCGUAACUGUUGAAAACGAGGGCUCUGUGAAUAACGUAAAUAAUGGGGAGUCAUUAUCUAUUAAGGAGGAGGCUUCGAGGAGAGCUAGUAAUGUAUGGGAUAGAGAUUUGGCCGCAGAUAUGGCAUCUCUGUCUGAGGAAUGUGAAGAGGAAGAUGCGGUGUUGCUUUGUUAA